UAACGAGGACGUUUAAUACGACAGCAUUUCUUAUUUUUAAGUGUUUGUUGGACGCAUGAAACUUCAUGUUUGGUGAACAAGUAGCUCGUAGCAUAGUCUUGAUUUUCUUCUGUCAUCAUAUUCUAAUCCAGUGUGAGCUCAGAAGAGAUGCAGAACACACAUAGUGCUUCACUACAGGUGAGCCGCAGAGCUAUCACAAAGCCGAACAACUACGGUACAGUCCCCAUGCGCUGCAGUUGGGCCAGAUGCGGUGAUGUUUCUUUUCUGUCGCGGCGUAUAUCACACAGCGGAUACACUUUUCCCAGAUAAACCAUGACUGUUGAACGACCUUAUUAGACCAUAAAGUAGGUAAGCAGGCUAACGUUACGUAAGUUAGCUAGGCUAGCCAACUAAUGCUAAUAGCUGGCUAACGUUAUGUCAGUUGUGAACAGUUUGGUCUGCCGUGCUUUUAAGCUAACUUAAACUACGUCUCGAUUUGACUUGUCUUAAGCGAAGCUAAAUCUUGAUUUGAGGUAUUGUAGCUAGCUAUCUUAGUUCUGGUUGUUGUUGGUUCUGAUCAGGCAUAACUAGCUAGCUAGCUAGCUUACGUUUGCCAUUCACAGCUAGCUAGCUAAUUAUAUACUGCAAACUACGUUAGCUAGCUAACGCUUGUCCCACUGCCGGUAGUUUUCUAGCUAGCUAACGCAGUUGUUACUUGUUUAGCUAACUAGCGAAAGUUGUCUAACGAAAGUUGUCUAGCUAACUAAAGUUACCUAUAAUAACACCUAGUUACAUAUUUAGGUAGUUCAAGUACGUUAAUCUAGUUGGUUAACUAGCUAAUCUAUCCAGUUGACCACUAGCGACAGAUGAUGAAAUAUUAACGUUAGCUAACUAUAGUAUGGUCAAAAAGCUUAGUUUUAUUGCUGAUGUUAAUUUUUGGGCAGGUUGACGUGCUAUUAUGAGUAAAGGGGUUUGUGUUGGCUAACGUUAUUUGGUUGGUUUAUCAUCUUUAGGUAGCUAACUACGUUAUCAGCUAAACCUUAGAUUACUCAAUGAUGGCCCCACUAAAUUGUAGCUAGCAAGUAUUUGUAGUGAUUUAUUAUUAACGUUAGCCUAUUGCUACCAAAGCUAAAUACUGGUGUUUUGUUUUUCUUUACCUAGCUAAUACUUCUGCCCUCUCUUAACAACACAGACACCUAGCUAGCCAGGUCUCUAGUAAAGAUGAACAUUGAUGACAAGCUGGAGGGGAUGCUGCUAAAGUGUAGUGGGGUAGUGGAUGAGAGGGUGGGGAUAGGGGGAGGGGGUCUGGUCGUCAUGACCCUGGGCGAGAGGGGGUUAGCCCACCACCCCCUGUUAGCAGAUGAUGAUGAUGAUGAAGAGGAUAAUGACCUGACAGGGGUUUCAAUAGUGUCUCAUGACUUGAUUGCAACUGAUGAACUGAUGGUACAUGAGGAGACUGUGAAGAAUGACCGGGAAGAGGGAAUGAUGCAGAGACUAGCACACAAGCUGCCAUGCACGCUCCACAUGCCUGUGAGCAUCAAACAAGAGUUGAAGCUGUCUUCGGAUCCACUGAUGCUGGGAAAGAAAGAGAGAAAACAGCCCAGGGACCUCACAACAGAGUGUCACAAGAAGAAGAGAAAACAGCGCUCUCCUGCCAAGAUUCUCACCAUCAAUGAGGAUGGAUCAUUGGGUCUCCAGAGUCCAAAGUGUCAUGUAUGUGGGCACUGCAAUGCAGCUUUCCGAACAAACUACCAUCUACAAAGACACGUCUUCAUCCACACUGGUGAGAAGCCAUUUCAGUGCAGCCAGUGUGAUAUGCGCUUCAUACAGAAAUACCUUCUCCAGAGACAUGAGAAGAUCCACACUGGUGAGAAGCCCUUCCGCUGUGAGGAGUGUGGCAUGAGGUUCAUUCAGAAAUACCACAUGGAGAGGCACAGAAGGACCCACAGUGGAGAGAAGCCCUAUCAAUGUGACUACUGCCACCAGUACUUCUCCAGAACAGACCGGGUUCUAAAGCACAGGCGUAUGUGCCGUGAGAGGAAAGCCCACAAGACAGCAGCAGCGGGGAAAGAUGGAGGACUCCUGAGCGACACAGAAUCUCUGGCCUUCUCCUUCCCUGCCAAGGAGUGCUCACUGCCCAAGAAGAAACGCCUGAAGACCUCAGACAAGUCUCAAUGUGCUCUCUCAGCUGCUGCCACUGAAAACGUUGCCACAGUCGCUUCUCUUGGCGACAUGGAUAGGGAGGUGGAGCAAAGACAGAGCAAAAUGGAAUGUCUACCUCUCUAUGUGGUUACCUCCAAGGUGGUUAAAGACGAGUAUGUGAUGGCAGAUUAUUCUGUGGCACUUCCUGACACAUCUAGUGGGCGGCAGUUGGGACUGGGUGGGGAGAAUUUCUCCUCUGAGGAGAUUUAUCCUCCCAAGCUGGUCCUCAAGAAGGUCCCCAAGAGGAGUCUGAAGCAACCAACUGAACCUGAACCACCUGAGAGUUUAUCCCCUUUGUCCUCUUUCGAAGACUGCAAAGUCACCAGGUACACGUUUGAGAUUGUUGACAAACAAGGUCUUCUGGACGUGGAUGUGGCUAACUCUGACCUGGAGCCAGUAGAUGCUCUCCCAGGAGGGCAGACGAAACCAGCAUCCAGCAGCACACACUACGGCGAUGCCAUGCAGUUCCUGAAGAAGAAGAGGUAUCUCCAGCAGGUCGCUAUGGCCAACAACGACAACCGAGAUUACGCUGUUAAUGUAAGCAGCAUCGCGUCCCAGCCUUCCGCUACACAAGUCGCAGUGGCCUGCGUCAUUGACGAAACCGUUCCCGCCACCAUCUUGGAACCCCAGCCGUUGAGCGUCGAGCUCAAGUCCAAUCACGACAAGAACGUGCUCCCGGAUGAGGUUCUCCAGACUCUCCUGGACCACUACUCGAACAAGGCCAACGUGCAGCCAGAUAUCUCCUUCAGUGUGGCCGACACUGAGGUGACAUCCAGCAUCUCCAUCAACUCCUCCGAUGUGUCUGAGGGCAGCCCGGUAGAAAGCUUGGGAGGUAACUCUCAAGCCCCAUCAGCAGAGAAAUCUAGCCUCCUGCACGAGUACUCCAAGUUCCUCCAGCAAGCACUGGAGAGGACCAGCCAGAACGAUAGCUACCUGAGCAGCCAGAGUCUUACCUUUGUCACCGAGAGCCCCAGCCUUUCCAACCAGCCUCUGUUCUCUACAGAGAAGCAGUACCCUUCCCCCAGUAGGUUUACCGCUGGUACUGGUAAGUCAGGGAUGAACUCUCCACUAAGGUCUACCUUGGAGAAACCCCAUUUUGGACUCCUUGUAGGGGACUCCCAGCACUCUUUCUCAUUUUCGGGUGAUGAAACCACUACCUCGGCCGUGUCGCCAACUGACGAUUUUCUGGAGGGAGUUGCGUCCUCGAAAAAGACUGAUGCUCAAGGGUUGCAUCAGGCUUAUCAAAUCAGCACCUUCGAUCAGAACUUCCCGUCGCAGUUCCAGACCUCACGUUCUGGAAUCGCCUCCCAGUUUACUAUUGCCAAUGGACAAGUCAGUCUGCGAAGUCACGGAACAGACUUCUCGGAAUUCCCCAUUGAGACGAGGUCUCAAUUGAACUCUUCCCCUGAUGCUACAAGCAGUCAAACGUUUGGUUGAGGAUAAUAUUUACAUUAUUCUAUGAUAAUUUUAAAAGGCACUUUAUACCCAUAUCCUCUGUCCUGCCAAAAUAGGUUACACUGCAAAGGUGGGUGUUGCUCAAAGCAUUUAAUGAUUUAAAAAUAUAUAAUUUCUGUUAGAUUAAAGUGGUCAAUUUUGCGAAUCGUGAAAAAUAAGUAAAUAAUAAUGUAUAUGAAGCAAAACAUUAAAUUGGGUUUUUGGGGAAGAAACUACAGCCCGACCUAUGUUUUUUGGGGGUAUUCAAAAAAAAAUUGGGGGGGGGUAAACUUAGUUUUAGAUCUACCGAUUUACUGUUUUACAGCGUAGAAAUUAAGUGUCAUUUUCCCACACUGAAUUCUCAAAUUGCCAUCCAAAAAGGCAAUUAUCCAAUAACUAUGCUUCAAAUGUUGUUUUCAUACAUUGUGAUAAUGACACAUCAUGAAAAUGGACACAAGUGUUCAGAUCAGCCCAGUAGUGAAAUGGAUUUGAUUGCAUAGUCACUCUAUUUUUGUCUCCAAUUUCAUUUUCUGCUUGACUUCAAUCAUGUUUCUUCCACCUUUUUAUUGCUUUAACUCUAACUAGGUAUCUGUGCCUGUAUUUAUAAAGUGUCUCAGAGUAAUAGGAAAGAUUUUAACUAACCCAAGAUGGACCAGAGCCUGUAGUUUCCAAUGGGCACAAAUUAAUCAUAGUGGGCAGAACAAGCAAGGAGGUGGGCAGAGCCAGCACGAGCUAGUGAGAUCCUAUUGGCCUGUUCUAGCAUUUAUUUGCAUAUUUCCGUUCGGGAACGCCUACACUGAAGUACGCGUGUGCAAUAACUCAAUUCACCCUUGCACUCCUAACAAACGUAUUUAAAAAAUGUUAAAUUCUUUGGCGAAGGGUGACGUCUACACAACGCAGUCUAUUCUGUUGGAGAUUCUAGUUUUGGAAACAGAACUGUAUGGAGAUCAAAUGUUUAAUCAAUGAGAAAAUUAGUAGAAUGUCUGCCACAAUUCUUCUCGCUCCAUCUUUUCCCACUGCCAGCCACUGAGCUUCCUAACAUCCCCAUAGUGAGUGGAAAUGCCAACUGGAUGCUUCACAAUUAUUUAUAUAUCUGGCUCAUUGUUUUAACUGUGGUAAUGGUGCUGGUCUCGGGUCAGUUUUGCCUUUUCGAUCAUCAUAAUGUAUGGACGGGGGGGCUGGUCCUAGAUCUGAGACCAUAUGAAGGGACCCUGUUACCAUGUGACGUGUCGGCAUAACAGUCCUGCUAUAUAACUGCUGAAUGUAGAGUUGUCCACUUGUUGAUUAUGUAUAGUUGCUUGCUAGACUCCUGUUUUCAAGUUGACACCAUGGUAAGAGUGGGUAUCCUCAUGGUGUAUAGCCUGAAAUAUAUAGUUUUGAUUUGAUCAUAUGAUGAUCACAAGAUUUUGAUUUGAUCAAUCUUAAUUUGAAGUCAAGUUAUUCAAAGCUCUCCCCCUGAAAGAAAUGUAUGAGUUUGUAUGGUUGAUGGUGUGGAAUCAAGUGUAUAAUUCAUCAUCAAUCACCGGAACUUGCUAUAAAUAGGUUGUUAUAAUGGCUAAGACAAAUCUAGACAUUUGAUUUUUCUUAAUGUUGAAUUGUUUGCACAAUGGACCUUAAGUGAGGUCAUGUGGUGAUAACCUCAUUCAGAUCUUUUUAGAGUUUAGAUUAUGGUUCAAAUGAAAACCCAAAUGCUUUGGUAUUGGUCAUAAAAAUGUUACACAUAUUUGAUGCAUGCACUUAUCAGGAAACAAAUCAUGGGUCAUUGCUUAUGUAUUCAUCUAGACAGUCAUAGGAUACUUGAAAUUCUCUAAGGGUUGGUACUCUUCGGGCCGGUUUUCCAGUACCAGGUUAAGACCACAGGACGAAAAAUCUCAAUGUAAAAUCUCCACAUCCAUUUAUUUUUAGUUCAUGAGUGGAAUGGGAAAUCAGUCUUUGAAUAUAUAUAAAAUAAACAUUUUGCACACACUUCAUUAUGGGAGAAUGUAUGUCAGUCAUUGUAAGAUAAUUGCCCAUUCAGCACAACUUUAUAUCGUACAUUAACACAUGUAGCUGUAAGAGAUUCAAACGAUUGCUCCAUUUUAUUUAGGCUCCUGUCCUGGAAAAUACAGUUGAAGUCGGAAGUUUACAUACACCUUAGCCAACUACAUUUCAACUCAGUUUUUCACAAUUCCUGACAUUUAAUCCGAGUAAAAAUUCCCUAUCUUAGGUCAGUUAGGAUCACCACUUUAUUUUAAGGAUGUGAAAUGUCAGAAUAAUAGUAGAGGGAUUUAUUUCAGCUUUUAUUUCUUUCAUCACAUUCCCAGUGGGUCAGAAGUUUACAUACAUUCAAUUAGUAUUUGGUAGCAUUGCCUUCAAAUCGUUUAACUUGGGUGAAAUGUUUUGGGUAGCCUUCCACAAGCUUCCCACAAUAAAUUGGGUGAAUUUUGGCCCAUUCCUCCUGACAGAGCUGGUGUAACUGAGUCAGGUUUGUAGGCCUCCUUGCUCGCACACACUUUUUCAGUUCUGUCCACACAUGUUCUAUAGGUUUGAGGUCAGGGCUUUGUGAUGGCCACUCCCAAUACCUUGACUUUGUUGUCCUUAAGCCAUUUUGCCACAACUUUGGAAGUAUGCUUGCGGUCAUUGUCCAUUUGGAAGACCCAUUUGCGACCAAGCAUUACCUUCCUGACUGAUGCUUCAAUAUAUCCACAUAAUUUUCCUUUCCUCAUGAUGUCAUCUAUUUUGUGAAGUGCACCAGUCCCUCCUGCAGCAAAGCACCCCCACAACAUGAUGCUGCCACCCCCGUGCUUCACGGUUCGGAUGAUGUUCUUCGGCUUGCAAGCAUCCCCCUUUUUCCUCCGAACAUAGCCAAACAGUUCUAUUAUUAUUUCAUCAGACCAGAGGACAUUUCUCCAAAAAGUAUGAUCUUUGUCCCCAUGUGCAGUCUCAAACCGUAGUCUGGCUUUUUUAUGGCAGUUUUCUUGCUGAGCGGCCUUUCAGGUUACGUCGAUAUAGGACUUGUUUUACUGUGUAUAUAGAUACUUUUGUACCUGUUUCCUCCAGCAUAUUCACAAGGUCCUUUGCCGCUGUUCUGGGAUUGAUUUGCAUUUAUCACACCAAAGUACGUUAAUCUCUAGGAGACAGAACGUGUCUCUUUCCUGAGCGGUAUAACGGCUGUGUGUACUUGCGUACUGUUGUUUGUACAGUUGAACGUGGUACCUCCAGGCGUUUGGAAAUUGCUCCCAAGGAUGAACCAGGCUUGUGGAGGUCUACAAUUUAUUUUCUGAGGUCUUGGCUGAUUUCUUUAGAUUUUCCCAUGAUGUCAAGCAAAGAGGCACUGAGUUUGUAGGUAGGCCUUGAAAUACAUCCACAGGUACACCUUCAAUUGACUCAAAUGAUGUCAAUUAGCCUAUCAGAAGCUUCUAAAGCCAUGCCAUGAUUUUCCGGAGUUUUCUAAGCUGUUUAAAGGCACAGUCAACUUAGUGUAUGUAAUCUUCUGACCUACUGGAAUUGUGAUCCAGUGAAAUAAUCUGUCUAUAAACAAUUGUUGGAAAAUGUACUUGUGUCAUGCACGAAGUAAUGUCCUAACUGACUUGCCAAAACUUUGUUAACAAGAAAUUUGUGGAGUUGAAAAACGAGUUUUGAUGACUCCAACCUAAGUGUAUGUAAACUUCCGACAUCAACUGUAUAUUUUAUUAGUUCUGUGCUUUUUGAAGUAUUUCUAGCCUCCACCAUAUGGUUGAUAGUCAUUCUUGGUGACUGUCAAGUCAAACUACUGGUCCAUUCUGGACUUUCUGAAACAUACAAUUCAAGGUUAAUGGUUACUUUUAUUUUUAAGUGGAAGUGCAACUUUCUCCUCUUUUAUAAGCGCUUCCCUUUCACACAUUUUAGCCCUCUUGGUAUUUCAGCAAAGACUGACCACUGGCAUCGCUUCUGAUUGCCUACCUUCAUGGCACAGAUAUUUUAAAUCAAACUUUUAAUUUUGCAAUAUACUGGUAUAUUUAUUAUUAGGCGUUUCUCUGUGUGCUUUCACCUUGGUAAAAUUGUUAGGAUGGCUUUUAGUGCCCCAUAAAGUUCUGAACAUCAAGCUUUGACUUGCAAAAUUACAUUUGAAUUAAAUUGUCUAUUUCUUUAUAGAUAUUACAAUGCAUAACUUUCUGAAUAGUAAGGCAGAUGUUACAUAAAAGGGUUUCUAUGGUAUAUAUUGAAUCAGAAUAAUUGUUGCAUGUGAAGCGAAACACAACGGCCACAUUUGAAAUGUACCUUGACAAAUUGAAAUGAGUUUUCUUUUUAUAUUGCCUUAGUCAUUUUUGUCUUGCAUGAUGUCUCUCCUUUGUGCUUUAUUGUUAAUGUGUCUUUUAACUAAACAAUUUAACUUUAACAUGCUAGCUAUUAAAUCUUGUGUCAACAUUGUUUUACAUUAAAUGCUAGCUUCUCUAACUUGUUACAUUUCUACAAUAGGUUAAGAGAUUAGAUUUAAUGUUAGGUGUUACAAUACCCUUGUUCUGGAUUCAACAGCUACGAAACUUUGCUCUGUAAACAUUCCCUCUGUACAAUGUAUAGAAAGUUGGUCUCUCUGCUAUAAGUAAGUUGUGUAUUUUCUGUUCUGGACAACCUGGUGUAAUAGCUACAUGACUGGAGACUGGUCUAUAAUGUUUUCUGGAACGUCUUUUCAUUAGGUUGCCAAUGCAAUUUAUUGUUUGUCAAUACACAGCUACUUCAUGUUCUGUGAAACCAUAGCUUUUUGCCACCCAUUUUUUGAAUUUCUCUCAGUAGUGAUUUGGAUAGCAUUGGACCACAGCUAUGAUUUGACCUGCAGUAAUGAAGUCCACCCAUCCUUACAUGAACUAGUAGUUACAGUAUUGUGGACUGGACUGUCAGUUUGAAGAAUACCUGGAUUAUCAUCCUCCUAAAUGAAUCAAUUUAUUAUUCAUUGUCAUGUGGCAUAUAGCUGAAAUGUUGACAUUUUAAAUGAAUCAAUCAUUAGGUGGUUCCAAAAAACGAUUUUCAUUUUGUGUCAAAUUGUCAUCUGAUUGUAUGGUUUUAGUGUUCAAUGAGACUUACUGUACACAAGUGAAAGAAAGCACUUUCAAAAGCACAGUGUGUAUUUCUCCAUGACUAUCUAAGACUGCGUAUACACAGGCAUCCCAACUCUAUUUUUCUACCAGUUGGUAUUUUGAUCAAUCAAAUCUGUUCUAUUGCACAUAAUUGGGCAGAAGAUCAGAAUUGGGCUGCCUGUGUAAACACAGCCUUAGAGCGACAGAGUGUACAAAACAUUAGGAACACCUUCCUAAUAUUGAGUUUUGCCCUCAGCAGCCUCAAUUCGACAGGGUGUCAAGCGUUUCACAGGGUUGCUGGCCCAUGUUGACACCAGUCCUUCCCACAGUUGAAGUGGCUGUAACAGGUGACAUCAAUAAGAGAUCAAAGCAUUCACCUGGUCAGUCUGUUAUGGAAAGAGCAGGUAUUCCUAAUGUUUUGUAUACUCCGUAUAUAAUACCUAUAAUAUAAUUUUUAGACCCCAAAAGCAGCACCUUCAACCGCAUACAGAGGGAACUGAACAUAUUUCUGUUUAUCUUUGUGAAAAAAGCAACCAAUUUUUGGGACAGUUCCACCACAGUAACCCCCUAUACAUAAACUGACCGUAAGUGUCCUUGUAUAAGUUGGUGAAAAAUGAAACUUGUUUCAUCAAUGUGGGUGGGAAAAAUAUCAAAGUUAAAAUAUUUUGACAAAUAUUUUGUUCUAUUUUUGAAAAUGCAAUGUGUCACUUGUAAAAAGGUUAUUCUGAAGUAUGUAAGUCAUAUACAGUCAUUAUUGCAGACAGUUCUCAGUUAAUAUUAGAUAAUUGUUUGAUUGUGAAUAUGUUGAGCUUGGGCAAUUGAGGACAAAAUCUUCUUCCUUUUGAGACCUGAGUUAUUUUGACUCAUAUUUUCAUACUGGAUCAUUGAACUAAAGGAAGCAUAAAAAAAACAAUUGUUAGUCAAGUUAUGAUAAAGUAUUUAAUUAUUCAAUUUCGCAGGUGGUUGAUCAAAAGCCAGAUGUUGAUUUGCAUAGUCUUUUAAGUUGUCCAUUUGAGUGAUCUGUUUUAUAUAUAUAUAUAAAUAUGUCAUGUACUGCUUUAAUUGUAGCUGAUUUAUUUCAGUAAAUUACUAUUAGAUGUGA